CUCCGCCCCGCCACUCGGCCAUGCGACGAGCUGCACGCGCGCUCCAUCACCACCAUGCAGUGCUACACUGAAAUCGCCCCGCCGACGGCCGUCAGCCAUGCCAUCCACCUCCCGCUGCUGCACGCAAGGGCACACAACCUGGUCGUCGCAAAGAACUCGCUGCUCCAGAUCUUCGAGCUCAAGUCGACGACCACCGAAGUCACGCCGGGCGGGGGAAACGAGUCGGCCAAUGCAGCCGCCAAUCUGGACACGGAGGCGGCCGACGUGCCGCUGCAGCGCACUGAGAGCACCGCCAAGCUGGUCCUGGUCGGCGAGUUCCCCCUCGCGGGCACAGUCGUGUCGCUGGCGCGCGUAAAGGCGCUCAACACCAAGUCAAAGGGCGAGGCGCUGCUGGUGGCGUUUCGGGAUGCAAAGCUGAGUCUGGUGGAGUGGGAUCCCGAGUCGUACAACCUCCAUACAAUAUCAAUACACUACUAUGAGAACCCAGACUUGCCCGGCAUUGCUCCUUGGUCCGCUGAUCUCAAAGACACAUACAAUUUCUUGACGGCAGACCCCAGCAGCAGGUGUGCCGCCCUCAAGUUUGGCACCCACAACCUCGCCAUUCUUCCCUUUCGCCAGCGUGAUCUUGUCGAGGAUGACUACGACUCGGAUGCAGAGGCUCCCAAAGAGACCAAACCCGAGCACCCAAAUGCUACCGAGGCCUCCGCCGAGCGCACGACUCCCUAUUCCUCUUCCUUCGUACUACCGCUCACAAACCUCGACCCCACCCUCACACACCCAGUCCACCUCGCCUUCUUGCACGAAUACCGCGAACCCACAUUUGGCAUCGUCGCCGCUUCGCGCGACACCGCCCCGUCGCUGCUCGCUCACCGGAAAGACAUCCUCACAUACUCUGUCUUUACGCUUGAUCUUGAGCAGAAAGCCUCCACCACGCUUUUGUCAGUCUCUGGACUACCAUACGAUAUCACGCGAGUGGUGCCCUUGCCCUCGCCCAUAGGAGGUGCGCUGUUAGUGGGAGCCAACGAGAUUAUACAUGUCGACCAGGGAGGCAAGACGAAUGGCGUGGCGGUCAAUGAGUUCGCCAAAGCUGGCACGGCUUUCCCACUCAGCGACCAGUCAGACCUGGCUUUGCGCCUCGAGGGCUGCAGUAUCGAGCUUCUAUCUCACGAGGCGGGUGACGUGCUGAUUGUGCUCAAUGACGGACGGCUGCUUGUUCUAACUUUCACGCUCGACGGCCGAACUGUGUCGGGCAUGACUGUUCAAACCGUUGCGGCAGAUCAUGGCGGUCACCUCCUCAAAGCCGCCGCCUCCUGCACAAGCAAUCUCGGACGAGGACGCCUUUUUAUCGGAAGCGAAGACGGAGAGUCGGUCAUGCUGGGCUGGAACAGCACCUCCAGCCAUGUACGAAGAAAACAGUCCAACGCAAAUGUCGACAGUGAUGAGGACAUGUCUGAGGAAGAGGACAUGGAAGACAUGGAAGAUGACUUGUACAAUGACACCGCACCAGCUGUUCAGAAGAUUACUGCUGCUGCGUCAGAGCCUACCGCGCCAGGUGCCUACACCUUCCGAAUACAUGAUGUCUUGCCGAGCAUAGCGCCAAUUAGGGACGCUGUCCUACACCCAGGAAAAGAGACUGAAUCCCUGAACAAGGGCGAGAUUAUGCUAUCGACUGGACGAGGAGCCGCUGGAGCCAUAACAGCCCUGGAUCGUGAACUCCAUCCGAUUAGCGUAGCUACAAAAGAGCUGCCGUCUGCACUUGGUACAUGGGCUGUACAUGCCCGAAAACAGGCACCCGGUGAAGUCACUGCUGCCUUUGGUGAAGACAUGGAGGCCAACAUGGCCACUGAUGUAGACUACGACCAGUAUCUGGUGGUAUCGAAGAUUGGUGAGGAUGGCACAGAAAGCACUGUAGUAUAUGAGGUCAAUGGCAACAAGCUCACUGAAACCGACAAGGGCGACUUUGAACGGGAAGAGGGCUCAACACUAUUCGUCGGCGUACUGGCUGCAGGCACAAAGGUUGUGCAGGUAAUGCGCACAGAGGUCCGCACCUAUGACUCAGAACUCAACAUGGACCAGAUCCUCCCCAUGGAGGACGAGCAAAGCGGCAACGAGCUCAACGUUAUCAAUGCGAGCUUUGCAGACCCAUACUUGCUAAUCCUACGCGAAGACUCUAGUGUCAAGAUCUUCAAAGCUACUGGCGAUGGAGAGCUCGAGGAUGUUGAAGCUACUGGCCUGUCAGGCACUCAGUGGCUUUCAGCAAGUUUGUUCAAGUCUGUCAGCUUCACCGAGGUAUUUGCUUUUCUCCUGACACCAGAGGGAGGCCUUCGUGUAUUCACAGUGUCGGACAUGGAGAAGCCAUGUUAUGUCGCUGAAGCACUAAGUUUCCUUCCACCUGUUCUGGCCAUGGACUAUGCUCCCAAGCGGAGUGCCACAAAAGCCACCAUCACAGAGAUCCUGGCUGCUGACUUGGGUGACGCAACGACCAAGUCACCACACCUCAUUGUCCGCACAUCGAGCGAUAAUCUCGUCAUCUACAAAGCCUUCCACACUCCAGCACGUUCAGCUGCCGACCUAUGGACAAAGAACUUACGAUGGGUCAAGCAGUCCCAACAGCAUGUACCACGGUAUACCGAAGACGGUGGCUCAGAAGAUACCGGAUUCGAAAGCACCCUCUUAGCACUGGGUGAUAUUGGUGGCUAUAGCACCGUCUUCCAGCGAGGCACUACUCCAGCAUUCAUUUUCAAAGAGUCAUCAAGUGCACCGCGUGUAAUCGGAUUGAGUGGCAAGCCAGUAAAGAGUCUAACGUCUUUUCACACUUCUAGCUGCCAGCGUGGCUUCGCAUAUCUAGAUUCCACCGAUACUCUUCGCAUCUCUCGACUUCCUCCCCAGACCCACUACGGUCACUUGGGCUGGGCGGCACGACGCAUGCCUAUGGAUGCUGAAGUGCACGCCCUUGCCUACCACUCUUCAGGCUUGUACAUCAUUGGCACCGGACAAAGGGAAGACUACCAGCUAGAUCCGACCGAGACCUAUCACUACGAACUCCCCAAGGAAGAUAUGACGUUCAAGCCAACCAUUGAACGCGGCAUUAUUAAACUAUUAGACGAGAAAUCCUGGACGAUUAUCGACACUCAUGUUCUUGAUCCUCAAGAAGUAGUUCUUAGUAUCAAGACGCUCAACCUCGAAGUGAGUGAGAACACGCAUCAGCGCAAGGAUCUCGUCGCAGUGGGUACGGCGAUUCUCCAUGGCGAAGAUCUUGCGACCAAGGGUUGCAUCCGUAUCUUCGAAGUCAUCACCGUCGUCCCCGAGCCAGACCGGCCAGAGACCAAUAAGCGCCUCAAGCUCAUUGUAAAAGAUGAAGUCAAAGGUGCUGUAUCCGCCAUCUCAGAACUUGGAACCCAAGGAUUCAUGAUCAUGGCCCAAGGACAAAAGUGCAUGGUACGAGGCCUUAAAGAAGAUGGCACUCUUCUUCCUGUAGCCUUUAUGGAUAUGCAGUGCUAUGUCAGCGAUAUAAAGAACCUGCCUGGAACAGGCAUGCUCGCAAUGGGCGACGCAUACCGUGGCGUGUGGUUUACAGGAUACACAGAAGAGCCAUAUAGAAUGUCUCUCUUUGCACGCUCAAAGCACAGUCUCGAAACCAUAGCCGUCGACUUCCUCCCCUUUGAAGAGCAGCUUCAUCUUGUCGUCGCAGACGCAGACAUGAACCUGCAAGUCCUCCAAUUCGAUCCUGACAACCCCAAAUCCGAAGCCGGAUCCCGACUCCUGCACAAAUCCACGUUCCACACAGGACACUUCCCCGCGACUCUGCACACCGUGCACUCGCGCCUCAAAAUGCCAUCUGCCAACGAUUUUGGCUCUGGCGCUGCCGAUGGUGCAGAAAUGGAUACUUCGUCGCCAGACGACGACGACAACAAGGCCGUACCCCUCCACCAAAUUCUCUCUACAACACAAUCAGGCACCCUGGCACUCAUUACGCCACUCAGCGAAGACACAUACAGGCGCCUCUCGAACCUCGCUGCCUACCUUGCCAACACGCUCGACACGACGGCUGGACUGAACCCAAGGGCGUUCCGCGCAAGCGAUACCCCGGAUGGCGGGUGGGAUGCUGGCACGGGCGCAAGAGGCAUGCUAGAUGGGAAUUUACUGAUGCGAUGGGGGGAGCUGGGAGAGCGUGGCCGCCGAGAGGGACUUGCAAAGUAUGGCGAAGGCGAGUGGAUGUUUUGGGGCGAGAGGGAGAUUCUGGCCGGUUGGGGCGUGUUUGGUGGGAGGGGCAAGUAA